UCUCGGUUUCUUUCUGGGCUCUCUCCCGAUUCCCUAACAGCCAUCACUCUCCCGCUUCUCUCUCUCCGCCCCCAACUCCCACUUACACUGAUACACACGUUCUGUUCAAUGGCACCUCCCAAAAUCCUCUUCUGCGGUGAUGUUUUUGGCCGCCUCAACCAGCUCUUCAAGCGCGUCUCGUCGGUGAACAAAUCGGCGGGUCCGUUCGAUGCACUGCUAUGCGUGGGACAGUUCUUCCCUGACUUUCCGGACCAGCUCGAGGAGUUCAACGAGUACAUUGAGGACCGGUCCAAGAUUCCUAUUCCGACUUACUUUAUUGGAGACUAUGGGGUUGGGGCACCGAAGACUUUGUCGGCUGCUUCGAAGGAUCCCAUGAACCAGGGGUUCAAGAUGGAUGGCCUAAAAGUAUGUGAAAAUUUGUACUGGUUGAGAGGAAGUGGAAAGUUCACUCUUCAUGGUUUGUCUGUGGCAUACUUAUCUGGUAGGCAAUCUGCAAGUGCUCAACAAUUUGGAACAUACAGUCAAGAUGAUGUUGAUUCAUUGAGGGCAUUAGCAGAGGAGCCAGGACUGGUGGACAUCUUUUUGACUAAUGAAUGGCCCAGUGGGAUCACAAAUAGAGCUACUGCAUCUGAUGUUCCUUCAGUAAUAUUAGACUCGUCUGGUGGUGAUUCCACAGUAUCAGAAUUAGUUGCAGAGAUCAAGCCACGGUACCAUAUUGCUGGAACAAUGGGUGUCUUUUAUGCUCGUGAACCAUACAUAAAUGUUGAUGCUGUACACGUGACUCGUUUUUUUGGCCUUGCUCCAGUGGGAAAUAAAGAUAAACAGAAGUUCAUGCAUGCUAUAUCUCCGACGCCUGCUUCCACAAUGUCCACUUCUGAGCUUUGCACGAAGCCACAAAAUGCUACUUUGUCUCCAUAUAUAGUUGUGGACAAAGCAAGCCCCACCGAUGGAGCAACAAAGAGACCUGAUGAUUCUGAUUCUCAGUAUUGGCGGUAUGAUGUCUCACGGAAAAGGCAAAAACAUGGAGAUAGUGAUGGUGAUAAAUUGUGCUUUAAAUAUGUUUCAUCUGGGUCUUGUCCGAGAGGCGAGAAGUGCCAUUUUCGACAUGAUGCAGAUGCUAGAGAACAGUCACUGAGGGGUGUCUGUUUUGACUUUUUAAACAAAGGACAAUGUGAAAGAGGCCCAGAUUGCAACUUUAAGCACAGUUUUCAGGAAGAUGGUGAAGGAUUUCCUAGUAGGAGAUCUGGAUCUGCGACAGGAAGCUCUAACCGGUCCAAAGAAUGCUGGUUUUGUUUGUCAAGCCCCAGUGUGGAGUCUCAUUUGAUCACUACCAUAGGAGAACACUACUAUUGUGCACUUGCUAAAGGACCAUUAGUACAAGACCAUAUGCUAAUAGUACCUGUUGAACAUUCACCAAACACACUUUCUCUUCCAUCAGAAUGUGAAAAGGAAUUAUCUAGAUAUCAAAGCAGUCUUAAAGCUUAUUUCAAGAGCCAAGGGAAGGAAGUGGUUUUCUUUGAGUGGGUCUCCAAAAAAGCAACUCAUGCCAAUCUUCAGGCUGUUCCUAUACCAUCGUCUAGAGCAUCUUCUGCUGAAGAUAUUUUUAGUUUAGCUGCUAAAAAGUUGGGUUUCAAGUUUUCGACAAUCAAAAAUUCCGAAGGAAGGAAAAUGUUGCGGAUGCAUUUCGACAGAAAUUUCGGUUUAUUUUAUGUGGAAGUUCCAGGGGGUACAAUCUUGUCUCAUGGUAUUGAGGAGAAUGAAAAAUUUCCUGCUCAGUUUGGUCGGGAGGUUAUGGCUGGGUUGUUGAAUAUUGCUGAUAAGGCUGACUGGAGGAAUUCUCAGCUCAGCAAAGACGAAGAAACAAAAAUGGCAGAAGGUUUUAAGAGUCGAUUUAAGGAGUAUGACCCAAAUAGUUGAUAUUUACAAUAGAAGGCAUGUAAGGAUACCAUUGGAAGUAAUGCUCUGGUUGUGAUUUUGUUUAACAGGAUUUGGAUGAUUAUCAUUCUGGAUCAUGCCUACUUACUAACGCAGAUAGCGAUCAUCCUUGGUGGAUCUUAUGGUACCUAUUUGGCAGUGUCUGACCAAAUGACUCGACCAGCUCAGAUUAUGAGUACUUGCAUUAUAAGUUGAUUCUUGCUAUUUAUGUGCAACUGUACUUUUUUCUCGUAUGAAAUUGUUACGUUGCACAUUCUUUAUAUGAUGUCGGAAGCAAUAGGAGAAACUGCAGUGUGUAACCAUUGAGGCUGAAGCUGGUGUCGGGGUCUCUGGCUCUUGCAAGUCACUGAAGUUGGCAUAUUAUCUGAUUUCUAUUGACAUUUCAUGUAAAUUCAAGUUCGAAUGGAACUUCGAUAACACUUUCAGUAUUUUUUCCUUUUUCUUCUUACAGUUCGGAUCUGCAAUAUACGCAUUAAUAAACAGCUUUGACUGAGGAUUAAUCUUCACAUUAUGAUGUUUUUAUCAUACAA